GCCCCGCGCCGGCACACGCUCGGCGGCCGCGGCGGAGACACCAGCGGCGGCGGCGGCGGCGGCGGAGCCGGGCCCGGCGGCAGGAAUGCGGAACCGGCGCGCGGACUGAGGCCGCCCAGGAUGGCGCAGGGCCGCGGGCGGCGGGCAGCCUGCGUGGGGCCCUAGCGCGGCGGGGCGGACGCUCCGGGCCCGCGGCCGGCAUCCCGGGCGGCGGGCAUCGCGGCCAUGGCCACGGAGCGGCGAAGGGCCGUCCUGGAGCUGCUGCAGCGGCCGGGGAACACGAGCUGCGCCGACUGCGGCGCCCCGGGACUUCCAGUACCAGAUGGGAUAAAGGCGGAGAGAGAGGGCAUCCUUGUCUUGUUCCUGACCUUACAGAUCCCGACUGGGCUUCCUACACCCUGGGGGUGUUCAUCUGUCUGAGCUGCUCCGGAAUCCACCGGAACAUCCCCCAGGUCAGCAAGGUGAAGUCCGUCCGGCUGGAUGCCUGGGAGGAGGCCCAAGUGGAGUUCAUGGCCUCCCAUGGGAACGAUGCUGCGAGGGACACGUACGAGUCCAAAGUGCCUCCCUUCUACUACCGGCCCACGUUUUCUGACUGUCAACUCCUGCGUGAGCAGUGGAUCCGGGCCAAGUACGAGCGGCAGGAGUUCACCCACCCUGACAAGCAGGAGCCCUACUCCGCAGGAUACCGAGAAGGCUUUCUCUGGAAGCGCGGCCGGGACAACGGGCAGUUUUUAAGCCGGAAGUUCGUGCUGACGGAGCGGGAAGGGUCCCUGAAGUAUUUCAACAGAAAUGAUGCCAAGGAGCCCAAGGCUGUCAUGAAGAUCGAGCAUCUGAACGCCACCUUCCAGCCAGCCAAGAUCGGCCACCCGCACGGCCUGCAGGUCACCUACCUGAAGGACAACAGUACCCGCAACAUCUUUGUCUACCACGAGGACGGGAAGGAGAUCGUGGACUGGUUCAACGCGCUCCGUGCUGCCCGCUUCCACUACCUGCAGGUGGCAUUCCCAGGGGCCAGUGAUGCUGAUCUGGUGCCGAAGCUCUCCCGGAACUACCUGAAGGAAGGCUACAUGGAGAAAACGGGGCCCAAGCAAACAGAAGGCUUCCGGAAGCGCUGGUUCACCAUGGAUGACCGGAGGCUCAUGUACUUCAAAGAUCCCCUGGGGCUGCCCGGCCUCUGCCCACAGGACGCCUUUGCUCGUGGGGAAGUCUUCAUCGGCAGCAGGGAGAGUGGCUACACGGUGCUGGACGGACUCCCGCCAUCCACCCAGGGCCACCACUGGCCACAUGGUAUCACCAUCGUGACGCCAGGGCGUAGGUUCCUGCUGGCCUGUGAGACGGAGCCAGAGCAGCGGGCCUGGGUGGAGGCUUUUCGGAAGGUCGUGGACAGGCCCAUGCUGCCCCAGGAGUACGCGGUGGAAGCCCACUUCAAACAUAAACCCUAACGAGAGAUGGUUCUGGAGGCCCGAGGGAACUGGACUCGCUGAAGUGGCCAUCGGGGAGGCAGCGGCCAGACUGGGGGGCUGGCAGAUGAAGGACCCGGCUUCCUGGCCCCGGCCCUAAGUGGCGGCCCCGGACUUGGCCACGUGGGGCCUGAGCUUUAGCCACUAGGACCUGUUUCUCUGGAACCUCACUGCAGGCCGGCCGACCUGACCUCUGACCCCACCAUGCUGCCACCCGCCCACCCACCCACUGAACCACCCUUCCUCUGAGGCCUAGGCCCGGCCUCCUGGCUCAGGGCAGCCUGGCAGCCCCUCACCAACUCCCCUUGCCCCCUGCCCACCUGAGCAGGACCCUGCCCCUGACCAGGAGGCUGGGCCGUGGGGACAGCAGGCGGCCUGCAUGCCUCCCCUCCCCACCCUGCUCCUCCAAGUCCCCCUCAACAAGUAUUUAUUGAGCACCUGCUGUGUGUCGGUCCUGGGGUCCUGGGUGCUAGCAUGGGGGACAUGGUCCUCCUCCUCAAGCAGCUGACCUGGCACGUGCGUGAGGGCCCUGGGGGUCAGAGGCACUGGGGAGCUGCAGCUCCCUGGGCCCCAGCACGCCUGGAUUGGAAGGGCGAAUGGAGGGUCAGCUCCUGUCUGCCCCCCGCUGGGCACUGGCUGCUGACCCACCCCACCAGCCUGACCUUGUGGUCACUGAGCCCUUGGAAGAUGGAAGCCCAGAGUCCCCCACAGGACCCAGCAUACUGGCCAGCCGGUACUUACAACCACUUAGCCUCCUCCCCCAGUGGGGGGCUGGGGGGGCAGAGAAGCAGCAUGUGUAGGUGGCGGGUACCGACUGGGUGAUUUGGGUGGCCCCCCAGCCCCCGUCAUCCCCUAAGGCAGCCCUGGACCAGCCCUUGAGAGGACCAGGAGAGCGUCCCCAAGGCAGGGUGUCCUGUCACGCCAACCCUCAUGUCCUAUCCUGAAGUGGCCCCUUGUGUAGGUCAGGGGCUGGGGAGGGGGCAUGGGGUCCCCAGGAGGACCUACCUGCUGGGCUCCGAUACGUGCCAGGAGUGGGGACGUCCCCAGAAGGGUGCCCCAGGGCCUCUGCCUAUCGUCGUGGGCCUGACUCCCACCACCCCAUCUCCCCUCUGCACCUGAGCAUGGGGCUCCCCUGCUCAGACCCGUGUAGGCCUGGAUGGGGGUGCAGCUGCAGGGGCAAGAGAGGAGUGCCCCCCUCACUCCCAUCUCUGCUCCGGUCCCCAAGAUGGCUGGGCCGGGGGGUGAGGACAGUCACAGGGUCACCCAGGGCCCCCACCCCCUCCUGCUCCAGGCAGGUGCCUCUUCCCCAGCCACGCCAGAUGCCACACCCGUGAUCGCUAGCCCAUCUUCCCCGCUUCUAGACAAAGAACCUCAAGCCCCAGAGGCGGUGGCGGGGGGGGGGGGGGGGGGGGGGGGCGGGUUUCUCAUCCUGGGCGGAAAUGAAGAGAGAGGCCCCCAGGACUCCCCCUCCCCAUCCCCAUCCGGGGAGCAGCCCCAGCCACGCAUUCUCCGGGACUGGUCUUCUAGGCCGUCUUGACCAGACUCAAGGGCGUCGUGCCCAAGACGAUAACAUGUUAAAAAGAACCACCAGAACGUUCUACCACUGGUGGGAGUUCUCCAACGAGGUCGGGAGCUCAUGGCCCGCAGAGGGUGGUCACGGUGCUUACCUCACACACCUCCGCCCAGUGGAGACGUGGGCAACCCACGACCCGCGUGCUACGAACGGGAGGCCGCGUUCCCAGGAAAUGACAGUGCCCUUCACAACUGCAUGGAAAAAGUGGCCGUGCUCACAGGGAAAGCGGGGUCAGGUGCACAGCUGCAAAGCGGUCCCCCACCCGGGAGGGGGGUCUCCACGUGCUGAGGACAGACAGACGCUGCCACCACGAGGGGAGUGCGGAGGGACGCCGGGAGGUGUGCGCGGUCUGGGCUCAUCUACUUAGCGGAAUUCCACAGAAAAACCCACGUUCUGCUCCGACGUCCCUCCCACUGGACCGACUGUGCCGGACGCAUUAUCGUGGCUUCAGAACAAGCAUCACGGCACAAGCCGGGGGUCCGUCGCAGGCGUGGGGCCUGCCCCUUGCCAGGACUCCCUCCACCACCCUCCUCCACAGAGAGCCCCGGUGGGCAGUCUGGGGGUGGGGCUCAGCGUGCUCCUGCCCCCACCCCGUGGCCUGCACGCAGAACCUGUGACCAGGCAGGACCCCACUGGAUUUGGUUUCUCGCAUUUAAAGAAACCACCACGUCGUUACACAGAAUCACAAGACCUUCCCGACACGGGCCGCUCGUGGCCGUCCACAGCGCCCCCUGCGGGCACAGCGCGCACCGGCCCGGCCACCACUGGUCUCGGCAACCGCUCCCGCCCGCCGGCCCCAGGAGCUCCCUCAGAAAGGACGAGCGCUGCAAAGCCCAGUAUAAAGGAUUUAUUUCAACUCAACAAGUAACACAAACCUUCCUUCAAAUUCCAUUUUACAGUCAAUAAAAGUGUGUAUCUCAACUCCUUCCCAUGCAUGAUCACUGUGUAUUAAUCUACAACUCUUAUUUAAUUGUGAAAAAAUAAAGUGUUUCCCUCUCGUCAUUGCUCUGGGAACAUCUGGUAUAGCGUGAGGAAGGGCAGAUCUGCUCACUCCUGGUUAUUUGGUUAAAACCUACAAUGCCAGGUCAAAGGAACCAAUCACCCAAUGAAAAUAAAUACUGCAUUACGAAACGUGGAAAGGACUCCUGAUCCCAAAUGGCCGCGGCCUCACGGUGUGGCCCAGAGCGGCCGCCCAGAUGCUCUCCGGGCCGCCGGCGGCCGCCCCCCCCCACCAUCUUCGACGGGUCGGGCUGUGGGCCUGUGCCGCCGCCGGGUCGUCUCCCAAAGCAAACCAGACACAAAGGACAGGGAAAGGGUGGUAGCGCAGCAAGGCCUGUGCUUUAUUGUGGGUCAGUCUGAAGGUGCAGGUGCAGCCCAGCCGGCCCAGCCGCAGCCCCGGGCGAGCUCACGGGCUCACGGGCGGCCGCCACCGCCUCACAACGGGAGCCCCGGGUGUGAGGGCCCGGGCUCAGGGCGUCUUCAUGCAGGCCAGGCGGGCGGGGUCAGUCGAGCUCAAUGGGGCUGCUGUCGUCCUGACUGUCCUCGCCCUCCUGCUCCGAGGCGCCCAUGAGGCUGCUCAGAAGGUUCCCUGGAAGCAAACGCAGGGGCCGUCAGGGGCACGGCGGCUGCACGCGGUCAGCACCCCCUGCCCGGGGGACCCCACCUUCCAUGGUGCCAUGUUCCCGGGGCCCCCCCGAGUCUCUGGGGACACUCAGCAUGGCUGCAAGGCCCUGGCAGCCGGCGAAAGACCCCCAGGGCCCCUCCGGGGGACACAGCACGGCAGCCUGACAGCCCCGGAGGGUCGUCAGCAGAACCACGUCCCGGGGAGGUCACCGCCGAGCGGGCACACAAGUGCACAUCACACGGGGACAUCACAAAGAGGUGAGGACGCGUUCGCAUGCAGAAAUGGUGGCCACCGUCCCCCCCAGGGCUGCUACCACUGACACGUUUAUUCAGAGAACAACGAUUUGAUGCAAACUCAGGAGAUCAGAGGGUCCCCUGAAGCCAAACCACCAUGGAAAGAACAACGCUGUCUGGACAGACUCGGGCAUGUGAAAUCAGGUCCAACGAACAGGCCACCAGAAGCCAGGGUGCCGGAAGGGGCAAGUCUGAAGUUCUGGUGGGACAUGAACGGGCACCAAGCGUCAGGACACCCGUGCGAGGCUUGAGGGCGGGACGUCACGCCCAAGAGACGCCAAUCCACACAAACCCCACCUCGGCUUCAGAUGCACGCAGCCCCACCCAGGCCCGGACACGGCGGGAGUACCUUCCACGAGACAAAUCCAGACACGGUUUUCAAGUAGAAAGUCCAACUGUGUAUAGCAACCUUCAAAAUCAUCUCAGACAAAAGACCUUUCCACAGAGCGUGGUUAUGGCUCAAAGGACGCAAACGCCCAGCCCGGCCAACCCUGCGGGGCCCACGAGGCAGGGUGCCCACCUGGAUUUGGGCGGUAGGGCGUGAGCAGCACUGCCAAGCUUUGUGGGACAAGCGCCCGCUGGAGCCUGUCACCUGGGGGCCAUGUCAGCUCCGGCAGGAACACGGUGCCAUCAGCGUGGGGGACACGCAUCCCUUACGUAGAUCAGCCACCUGUGAUUGUGACGUCACUUCCAGAAGGAAGCUGAGGAGGGAAGCCUCGAUGCUGCCUGGCCACAUGAGACCUCUCAACGGCAAGACUGGUUUAAGUACGUGCAGGUGAACGAUGAACUCUGUGAAGCAGCAUCUACUCAAAAAUCCCACCACAUUCAGGCUCACAAAAUCCACAUUCAGAUGAAGGACUAAACUGGCCGUUGGCUGGCAGAGGGAAGAAGUCCGUACGAGACCGCGGGGAAGGCCACACCAUGUUGCCAGGCUAGGCAGAUGAGGGGCAGAGGCCUGGCCUCCAGCACCCACCAAAACUAAACCACGAAGAAGUGGACCAUCUGAACAGACCAGUAACAAGUAAGGAGACCGGAUCCAUCAUCAAAAAUUCCCAACGAAGAACAGCCCUGGCCCUGAUGGCUUUCCUGGUGAAUUCUACUCAACACUUAAUAACCAACACCAAUCCUUCCCAAACUUUUCCAAAAGAAUUGAGGGGGAGGGAGUGCUUCCUAACUCAUCCGACGCGGCCAGCAGAACCCCAGAGAUACUACGAGAAGAUCACAGACCAGUAUCCCUUGUGAACACAGACCACUGGAAAACAGGACUCGGCAGCACAAUAGGGACGACGCACCACAAUAAGCGCUUUAUUCGUGGAAAGCACAGAGGGCUCCCCGUGAGAACCCGCCAGUCGUCAGCAGAACGAGGGGAAGCCCACACGAUCGUCCAUCUCAACUGCUGCAGGAACAGCACUUGACCAAACGCGACGCUCUCGUAAAAGCACUCAACAAGCCAGGAACAGGAGGGACUGCCCCCCCACAGUACCCGCCGUCUCUGAAAACCCCACGGCAACCGUAAUCCUCGGUGGUGGAAGACUGCCAACUCCUCCUCGACGAGGAGGAGGAGCAAGGGGAGGGUGCCUGCCCGCACCACCUCCAGUCCGCACGGUACUGGCAGCUCCGGCCGUGGCAACCAGGCACGAGGACGAGGGAAGAGGCAUCUACAGCGGAGAGGAGGGAGCAAGAUGAUCUGUUUGCGUACGACAUGGUCUUAUAUGCGGAAAACCCUACAGACUCCACAAAAGAGCUGUCAGAGUAAGUGAAUUCAGCAAAGUGAUGGGAUACAAAGUCAGCACAUGACAAUCCGUUGCGUUUCUUUACGCCAGCAACGAACAAUCUGAAAAAGAAAUUAUAAAAACGUUCCAUUUACAACAGCAUCAAAAAGAAUAAAAUACUUAGGCACUAACCUUAACCAGGGAGAUGAAGGACUCACGAAUGAAAACCACAGACCACCGGGGAAAGAGAUUAAAGUCACAAAUAAAUGGAAGCGCUUCCCAAGUCUGUGGAUUGGAGGACUUGACACGCUGCAAAGACCAGUGCCACCCACUGCCAUCCACAGAUUCAGUGCAGUCCCUGUCAAAACCCAAUGUCUUGUCUGCAAGAAAAGCUCAUCCUAAAAUGUAUAUGGAAUUGCAAUGGACCCAAACAGCCAAAACGAUCUUGAAAAAGAACAAAACCGGAGGGAUCACAUUUCCUGAUUUCAAAACUUACUCCAGAGUGAGCACAGCAGUGUGGUGUGGGCACCCAGAGACCCACCGGACAGAACACAGAGGCCAGAAAUAAGCCCACAUGCAGAGGGGUCAAACCAGCUCUGACAAGGGCUUCAAGACCACUCGGGGGGACGGACAGUCUCUUCAGCCAAUGACGCCAGGACACUGGACGUCCUCGAAAAGAAGGACGCCGGACGCCUACACCUCACACCAUGUACCAAAACCCUCUAAAGGGAUCAAGGACCUCAGUGUAAACCUGAGAACAGCAGAACUCUUAGAAGACGACACGGGGCAGAAGCUUCACCGCACUGGGCCAGACGAGGACAUUAUGGAUGGGACACCAAAGGCAUGAGCAGUGGAGGAGAGACAGAUAUACUGGACUUCGUGGAAAUUUAAAAUUCCGCGCAUCAGAAGCACCUACAGAGAGAAAAGGCAGUGGAGUGUGGGGAGGGGUGAGCAGGCUGAGCACAGGGUUUUCAGGGCAGAAACCACUCUGUAGGACUCUUUCUAAUGGUGGACACGUGUGUCUAAAACUGUACAUGUAUGACAUCGGAAGUAACCCCAACGUAAACCAUGAACUUCCAGUGUCCACGUAAGUUCAUCAGUUCUAACAAGGUCACCACUCUGACGGGGGCGCCGGUAACAGCUGUGGGGGGGCACGGACGGAAACGGAUAUUCUCCAUACCUUCCUCUUUAUCUUGCUGUGAAGCUAAAACUGCUUUUACUUACUUUUUAAAAAAUUUAUUUAUUUUAGAGAGAGUGCACACGAGCAGGGGGAGAGGCAGAGAAUCCCAAGCAGACUCCAUGCUGAGUGUGGAGUCCAACAUGGAGUUCAAUGUCAGGACCCUGAGAUCAUGACCUGAGCCGAAACCAAGAGCUGGAUGCUCAACCGACUGUACCACUCAAAUGCCCCACUGAAACUUUUAAAAAAUAGUCUUUAAAAAAAAAAAGAGGCCAUCCACAGAAUUGGAAAAAAUGUUCA